CUUGGUUCUCUGCCGCAUGCUGAGCUACACUACUGUGUCGUGUACCACCGUCAGCUGUGCGGCGCAGGUCUGCAGCACAGUGAGUGAGUCUGCGCUUGCGAGUCCUUCGCGUGGUAUUCAACGCCCGAUCGGGACACGCUGUGCCCCCACUUCCCACAUGGCGCCAAGCUGGCAGGCCCAAGCGUGGUAUUCGCGAUGCAAUUUUCGCGAAAUUACGACGACCGGGAUUUGGGGUCCUUUGCGGACGGCAUGUGCGACCCUGGCGGCGCAGUGUUCAGGGUGAGAAUCCGAACCGGCUGUUGGCUUGAGAAUUCCUUCUCGUGCACCUCUCAGGCUCUCUGUCUCUCGUUCACUGCGCUGUGGCGCAACUGAUUGUCCCCCGACGCGCCCGAAAACUCCACCCGCGACCGACUCGGGCGUGGAACCCCACGGGGCACUCAGACUUGUUGUUGAUCGCCAGCGAGAUGGAACCCCGGCUCUGAAGCAAGCCAUGGACCCGUCGCCGCCCAGGGGAUCCCCGUCCCAUCCGCACUCGAGCAACGACGACAACAUCAACGACGACGGCGAACAGAGCCAACCCCGAGUGCGCUUUGCCGAAGGCGAGCCCCAGGCGAGCUACAGGAUCUACCAGCCAACCCCGCGACGUGAGCGGCCGGCCACAGCCACAACAGGUUCAACCGACCAGCAGCCUGCCGUGUACUGGGACGACCGGGAGAACGACCAGGAGAAUGACCCGAAUCUUCAGGCAUACACCUUCUACCGCGAAGGAACGCCGACGCCGCCGGAAUAUGAGUCUCAUGAGAAGGCACUGGGUCCUGGGCCGGGGCUGGGAGCGCCGGUAGCUGAGAGCUCGACACUCGGGGGAGGUACCAUCGGGAGCGACGGCGACCUCAAUGUCAGAGCGCGAAGGCAAGGGGAAACCAGCCAUUGGAGUCUUCCAAACAGCAUGGAGACAUCCGUGGUUGGCGGGAAGAGGAUGUUUCGGACCGUCAUCGCAAUUGGCGUCUUGGUGCUCCUCUGCGUUGCGCUUGGCCUUGGAGUGGGGCUCGGCGUGGGCUUGUCGCAACGGAAGUCUGCUGUCGUGGAAUCCGUGCCAGGGCCCUCCAGCAGCUUGUCUCCUGCUUCGGCAGUAACGUUAGCCCCGAAUCCGACGCCAACGAACCCGACCCCCGCUGGCACUGAGGGUGCGUCAGAAACGACGACCGAGUCGGCCACCAGCCCGCGGCCGACAUACAACUCCGACUGCCCCUCUCUGAACAACACAGUAUAUCACGUCCCCGGCUCGACGAGAACCUUCUUGCGCAUCUGCGGGGUGGACUACAGCGGCGACGAGGCCACCGACCUCGCCCAGGUCUACACGGGCAGCAUGGCGGAUUGCAUGAACAGCUGCGCGUCCUUCAACCAGUGCACGGCAUGUUCAUGGGGUUACAUCCAAGGCGACGAGGGCGGCGAACACCGUUGCUUUAUGAAGAAUAAUCUGAAGAAAGGCCAUACAGCGGCGAGCGACUGGUGUUUUGCGAUCUUGCAAGAGACUUCAUGACGGCCUGGCUUACGCUCCACGGAUAGAUGCAUGAGAUACCCCCCGCGUACGAGUACCAGUAUUGCUAAUAGAUAAUGAGUU